CUGUAAAAAAAGAAAAGAAAAAGAAAAAGAGAGAGAGGAAGCCAUAUAAAAGAUAACAACGCGUUUUGCUCGCUGCCCUCUUUACGAUUCGUUCCCAGACUCAAAAAGCCUCUCUCAAUCUUCGCUCUUUAUCCAUCUCUCUCCCUCUUCGCCAGUUAGAUCCGAGUUUGGGAGAAUCAGCCUCCCUAAGUUAAAACCAAAAAAAAGAAAAAUAUCACUCUACUCUUCGCUCCAGUCAUGGCAGGAUCCGCACCAGAAGGCACUCAGUUUGAUGCUCGUCAGUUCGACCAGAAGUUAAACGAUGUUCUCGAAGGACAGGACGAGUUCUUCACCUCUUAUGACGAGUCUCACGACAGCUUCGACGCCAUGGGUCUUCAAGAGAAUCUCCUCAGGGGUAUCUACGCUUACGGUUUUGAGAAGCCAUCUGCUAUUCAGCAAAGAGGAAUCGUACCCUUCUGCAAAGGCCUCGACGUGAUCCAGCAGGCCCAGUCCGGUACCGGCAAAACCGCCACUUUCUGCUCCGGCGUCCUCCAGCAGCUAGACUACACCCUCGUCCAGUGCCAGGCCCUCGUCCUCGCCCCGACACGAGAGCUCGCCCAGCAGAUCGAGAAGGUCAUGAGAGCCCUCGGCGACUACCUCGGCGUCAAGGUCCACGCCUGCGUAGGCGGGACCAGCGUCCGCGAGGACCAGCGCAUUCUCCAGGCGGGUGUCCACGUCGUCGUGGGCACCCCUGGACGCGUCUUCGACAUGCUGAAGAGGCAGUCCCUCCGCGCCGACCACAUCAAGAUGUUCGUUCUUGACGAGGCCGACGAGAUGCUCUCCCGCGGGUUCAAGGACCAGAUCUACGACAUCUUCCAGCUCCUCCCUCCCAAGAUCCAGGUCGGAGUCUUCUCGGCGACCAUGCCUCCCGAGGCUCUCGAGAUCACGAGGAAGUUCAUGAGCAAGCCGGUGAGGAUACUUGUGAAGCGCGACGAGCUCACCUUGGAAGGUAUCAAGCAGUUCUACGUGAACGUGGAGAAGGAGGAGUGGAAGCUCGAGACGCUUUGUGAUCUCUACGAGACGCUGGCCAUCACUCAGAGCGUCAUCUUCGUGAACACGAGGAGGAAGGUGGACUGGCUCACCGACAAGAUGAGGGGGCGUGACCAUACCGUCUCUGCGACUCACGGAGACAUGGACCAGAACACGAGGGACAUUAUCAUGAGGGAGUUCAGGUCUGGCUCCUCGCGUGUGCUUAUUACGACUGAUCUGUUGGCUCGUGGGAUCGAUGUGCAGCAGGUGUCGCUGGUGAUCAACUACGAUUUGCCGACUCAGCCUGAGAACUACCUGCACCGUAUCGGAAGGAGUGGGAGGUUUGGGAGGAAAGGUGUGGCGAUCAACUUUGUGACCAAGGAUGAUGAGAGGAUGUUGUUUGAUAUUCAGAAGUUUUAUAAUGUGGUUGUUGAGGAGCUGCCUUCGAACGUUGCUGAUCUGCUGUGAAGGAGAAGUAUUAUCACCGGAGAAGAAAGGUUUACUUGUUUUCCUAAGGCACUCUCUCUUUGUUCUGAUUUUGAUACCCUAUCAUCUCUCUCUCUCUCUCUACAUCAGCUUGUUUCUCUUGUGUGUUUUCACCUACUGUUCUACGAACAUAAUCUCUCUCUGUUGUGACCAUUUUUAUUUUUGAAAUGAUAUGGAGUGUUAUUUGUUUCA